AUGAAUAAUUCUAUAACAAAUUUUUGGUUUUCGUGUUUCAAUGCUAGUCUUAAUGUUUUUACACGCGUCGUAUUAAUUAUUAUAAGUGCAAGUGUUUAUCAUGCGUUUGUUUUGGUGGAAGUGUUAUUGAAUAACUCGAACGUGUGGUAUCCCGAACGCUUAUCAAAACUAGUCGAGUCCAGUCAAAAAAAUGUCUCAAAGUUCACAUUUCUUACAUUUAGAAGUUUCUCAACUCAGGCAGUAAUGAUGAACGGGUUUAUGAGAUGGCUCCUUCGGUUCCUGGUGUCGCUUCUACAGGUUGUGGUUCGCCCAGUAACGUAUUUGCUAAACAUCAAAAGGAAUAGAAAAUGUCCACCCCCAACCAAUCCUAUACUAUUCAAAUCUGCUACAACAUUAGCCUUGAUGAUAAGAAACAAACAGAUCACAUCAGAAGAAGUAGUGAAGGCGUAUAUAGAUCGAUGUAAGGAGGUCAAUCCUUAUUUGAAUGCUAUUGUUGAACCUAGAUACGACUUUGCGAUUAAAGAAGCAAAAUGUAUAGAUAAAAUGAUCGCUUCUAAUGAUCGGACACCUGAAGACCUGGCCAAAGAAUACCCUCUACUUGGCAUUCCCAUUACUGUCAAAGAAAGUAUAGCAGUUGAAGGUAUGAGCAACGACAGCGGUACAGUUUUCCCAUUUAGAAAUCCAGCUAAAAAAGACGCGGACAUAGUUCGUAGAGCUAGAGCGGCCGGAGCAAUUCCUAUAGCAGUAACAAAUACACCACAGCUUUGUAUGAAUUGGGAAACAUAUAACAAUGUUACUGGACUGACUAUGAAUCCCUACGAUCAGAGGCGGACCACCGGUGGCUCUUCAGGAGGAGAGUCGGCAUUAAUAGCAUCUGCAGCUUCAAUAAUGGGACUGGGUUCAGAUAUAGCGGGCUCAUUGCGUUUACCCCCCAUGUUCAACGGGAUAUUCGGUCACAAGCCAUCUCCGAAACUACUGUCUAUUGAAGGUCAUGUGCCGGAUUGUUUAGAUCCUGAAUUUGAGGAGUACUUUGCACUCGGUCCUAUUACGAGGUAUGCUGAGGAUUUGCCUUUAUUGUUAAAUGUUUUAAAGCAACCCUCCGCGCCUGAUGUACCUCUGAGCAAACCGGUGGACCUAACUCGUUUGAAGUUUUAUUAUAUGGAGGAUGAUGGAAGUAAUGUUACCGAUAAAAUUGGACCAGAUGUGAAAAAGGCUUUGGAGAAAGCAAAACUUUAUAUUAAGUCCACAUAUAAUGUAGACGUUCAAGAACUAAAAAUAGCGAAUAUAGAGCACAUGUGGGAAAUAAGCGUACGCGUUCUCUUCAACGUACAGCAUGUAGGGAAUAUAUACACGGACCCCAAAAAACGAGAUCAAUGGGUUUCAGUUUGGCCUGAAGUUGUUAAAAAGAUGAUGGGACUAUCAAACCACUCAUUUACCGCAGUCGCUUAUGGACCAGCGAAGAAGUUUUUCGAUGCAUUGCCAAAGAAUUAUUACAAUAAACUGCUUACUGUGUUUGAGGGAAUUAAAACUGAUAUUGGUGAAGCAUUAUCAGAUGAUGCAGUAUUAUUGUUCCCGACUUUCCCAUAUACAGCACAUUUGCAUUACAGAAUAUUUUAUAGGUUUUUAAAUUUUGGUUAUUUAACAAUAUUUAAUGCUUUGGGAUUGCCGGCUACCGCGUGUCCUUUAGGACUUACUGACAGCGGUCUUCCUGUGGGCAUACAAAUCGUAGCUAAUAAGGAAAAUGAUCACUUGAGCAUAGCUGUUGCAAAAGAAUUUGAGAAAGCUUUUGGAGGAUGGACGCCGCCUAAUAAAGAAUUAUUAAACUGUGUUAAAACUGCU